AUGGCGGACGGCGGGGCAGCGCCCGCGCAGCCGGACGGGGAUGUGCCCGCGGCUCCGGCCGCCGGCGGCCGCAGGGAUCGGCAGCCCCGGAGCGGCGGCCGCCCGCCCAGCGCCCGGGAUUUGCAGCUGGCCUUGGCAGAGUUAUAUGAAGAUGAAGCUAAAAGACAGUCAUUGUAUUCUGACAAGCCAACAGCUGCAAAGAUCAGUAAUCCAAAGGUUCUUAAACUGGAUUCACUUAAAAGGCUGAGAAAACCGGAGAGAAGCAUGAGUGAUGACAAAGAAAACCAAAGAUUUUAUUCAGGUGACUCAGAAUAUAGAGGAUUACAGAUUUCUGGGGCUUCUAAUAAUCCGAGUAAAAUUGUUGCCGAGCUCUUCAAGGAAGCAAAAGAACACGGAGCUGUCCCAUUAGAUGAAGCCUCAAGAGCAUCUGGUGAUUUCAGUAAAGCCAAGUCAUUUUCUGGUGGUGGAUACAGAUUGGGUGACUCAUCACAAAAACACUCUGAAUACAUAUAUGGAGAAAAUCAGGAUGUUCAAAUUUUGCUGAAACUGUGGAGGAAUGGAUUCAGUUUAGAUGAUGGCGAGUUGAGAUCCUAUUCAGAUCCAACAAAUGCCCAAUUUCUUGAGUCUGUUAAAAGAGGGGAAAUUCCUUUGGAACUGCAGCGACUUGUUCAUGGUGGCCAGGUAAAUUUGGAUAUGGAAGAUCACCAGGAACAGGAAUAUGUGAAGCCCAGACUGAGAUUCAAAGCUUUCAGUGGCGAAGGUCAAAAACUUGGAAGCCUUACACCUGAAAUAGUCAGCACACCUUCUUCCCCGGAGGAGGAGGAGAAAUCCAUUCUUAAUUCACCUGUUCUGAUUGAUGAUUCCAUGCCAGCAACUAAAAUUCAAAUCAGAUUAGCAGAUGGAAGCCGGUUAAUACAAAGAUUCAAUCAAACACACAGGAUUAAGCAUAUUCGAGAUUUCAUUAUCCAGUCCCGUCCGGCUUUUGCAACAACGGAUUUUGUACUUGUGACUACCUUUCCAAAUAAAGAGCUUACAGAUGAAAGCCUGACACUACAAGAAGCAGAUAUACUUAACACUGUGAUUCUUCAGCAAUUAAAGUAAUCUUGUGGUUGUUGUACAGUAUAGGGACCCUGCUGUACUGUCAUACAGUAUGUUUCCAACAGAUGAAAGAAAGGUGAUAUCAGUGUCUUUUUAUUUCUUCUUUUCCAGGGAUCAUAUUUUUGGAUUUCAUGUCUUCCAGCUAUAACAUAUCCAACUUCUUUAUUUCAAUUUCUCAGCAUUAUUCAGCCUUUUUUCAGUGUUAAGGUUCUGUAUGUUAGAAUGUUUCAAACCACAUCUUAUACUAAAUGUGAAAUGAGAUAGGACUUUAUGACUCAU